ACAGGAAGCUGAGCGGCGGUGUUGAGGGAGGAGGAGAGAAACUCUGAUGACGGAUAGCGGAGGAAACUGGCUUGAAAAGCAUACACACUGCAGUUCGCGCUGUCACGAGAUUAUUUUUUGGGGGACUGAGAGCUUCAUCGGGUCACUGUGUUGGACGGAGCCAACCAGACAAGGAUGUCGCUGCACAAGCCUGCCCUCAGACGCAGCGCCUCUACACUAGAAUCAACCAAUCGUGGCAGCCCUUUAGUGACCCCUCCUACAUCCCUCAAUCUCCGCUCUUCUCUCAAUCAACAACUGGGCCGUGAAUUCACAAGAGGAGGAGUUUCUGUGGAGACACAGGGUUCUGCUGUCCCCCCAAAGAACCGUCAGAAAUAUGCCCUGGCCAACUUGCAGAAUGCUAUGGGGCUGGAUGGAAGUGCUGCCCCUGGAAGGGUUAAACCCGUUCCCACAAAAUCGGCCUCUUCCUCUUCCCUGUGUUCUUUUUCUCUGUCGUUCUCUCCAUCCAACCCCAAACUAGCCAAAAAUGGCACCAAUCUCCAGCUGAAGGAGACGCAAUUCGACCUGAGUAGAAAGGACACGAACCGCAAUGACAUCACAGCGGAGUGCGGGCGCGAUUGGCCAGAUACCUUUGCCAAAGAUGACGAGAAGAACUUGCCCUUUAGACGGAGGACAAAAAGUUUUCUGGAAUAUCAUCGUGAAGAAGAAGAAGAAGAAGAAUCUCCUGCGAAAGAAAUCCAGACACCAGACGAAGAGAAACCGUGCAUGCCCAAGCUGGAGCUCCAAAACUGGGCCAAAGAAAAUCGAGUGGAGGCUCAUCUAACUCUCCCUCAGAAUCACCUCCUGCUCCUGGCCAAUGAAGAGGAGGAAGAGCACCAGAGCCCCGCCCAUACUCACCUGAGCCCCGCCCACACUCCGGUGAAGUGUGUGAAGGAGGACAGAGGCAAAGACGGUGGGCUGAAGGUUAUGUCAAAGCCACAGUUUGCAGGUGAAAGAAAAGAGACUCCGCCCACUUCCCUGCCUUUAGCUCGGUCCCUGGUCCCACCGAAUUCCCUGCCCAUGGCUCCACUCCUUGUGACGCAACAAAAAGGCAAACAGCUGGAGGAGGAAGAAGAGGAGGAGGAUGACGAUUCAAGUUGGACAACUCUGUCUCAGGAGAGUCCAUCUUUAGAGACACCACAGGAAACAGGUCCAUGCAGUGACUCAGCGCUGCCCCCUGUUUGGCAGAAGGAGGAUGAUGUGGUGUCUGAUGUUUAUCUCUGGCACAGCAACAUGCAACAGGACCAAACCGUAACUGAUAGCAAACCGAAGCAGGAGGGUGGGGACAGCUCGCUGUGUGUUCCCUCAUCUAAGACUCAGUGUGAGAGGCCUAGUAGUAUCGUGUCAGACAGUUCUGUGGAGCCUGUGCCUUCAUCCGCUGCCUCUUCACCCUCCUCAUCCUCACUCUGCUACGAAGCAACCACAGGCAGCUUCCUCAAUAACAACUACCUGGACCUGAAGGAAACUGCCGCCCCUUCCGACUCCAGACAGAGCGAAAGUGCGAGAGGAGAGGAGCGACAGGAGCAAGACUGUGCUGGGGCUCGCUGCAUGCCAUACAGCUACGUCAACCUGAGAUACACCAGAUCUAAAGUUCCUCCUCCUCCUGCUGAUACAGUGAUCCCUAUCAACGACUUCGAGACACACGUGUAUCGUGUGCGCUCUCUCGGCUGGAUGGAAGUGUGCGAGGCCGACAUGGCGUCCGGCAGCAUGGUAAUCAGCGACUGCAUCCGACUCCUCCAGCAAUCCAGCACACACUCGUACACACACACACUGCGCCGGAGAGAAAGGGAGAGCGCGGGGGAAAUGGAGGAGGGAAAAGCGAUGCUGUUAGUGCUGCAGGACGCCACUCUGACCCUGAUCGAUCCUGUAGACCACACCCUCCUACACUCUCAGCCAAUCGGAAGCAUCAGUGUGUGGGGAGUAGGGCGGGGCCACAGCAGGGAUUUCGCAUAUGUGGCUCGGGAUAAAAACACACAUGUGCUGAAAUGUCACGUGUUCCAGUGUGACAGUCCUGCAGAAGCCAUCGCUGCCAGUCUGAACCAGAUCUGCUCCAGGAUUAUGGCGGAGAAGAAGAACGGUAAAACGGCGAGCGGCUCGUCCUUGUCCAGCACCGACGUCCCGCUACAAGUAGACUUUCCCACACCAAAGACUGAACUACAACAGAGUUUCCAUGUUCUCUACCUGGGAAUGACCUCUGUGUCUCGUCCCAUAGGGAUGGACAUUAUAAACGGAGCGAUUGACAGUCUGGUCUCGUCCACGGGGAAAGAUGACUGGACUGCAGUUCUGCUGAAUGUAGAAGAUGCGACAGUCAGCGUUAUCAAAGAGAAGGAGGAGGAGGAGGAAGUGCUGGUGGAGUGCCGCGUGCGUUUCCUGUCGUUUAUGGGCGUCGGCCGUGACGUGCACACGUUUGCCUUCAUCAUGGACACGGGCAACCAGCACUUUCAGUGUCACGUGUUCUGGUGUGAGCCAAACGCUGGGACCGUGUCCGAAGCUGUGCAAUCUGCCUGCAUGCUGCGCUAUCAGAAAUGCCUGGUCUCUCACUCUUCCUCUCAGAAAUCGUCCACCUGCUCGUCUCCGUCUUCUUCAGACUCUGUGACUCGCCGUGUGACUACCAGCGUCAAGCGCGGCGUCCAGUCCAUCAUAGACACUCUGAAAAAGAAGCCCGCCCCGGAGCUGCCCCACCAAUGACGGUGCAGCUCGGCUACGGUCACCGGCAAGACAAUGUAAAUAAAAAACAC